GACUGAACUCGCGGAACGGUACUCACAGUCAGUCAUGGCCAUCUAUGAUGGGCGUUUUUCGAAUUCGAAAAAAGCUCAAUUGGCUCAAUUCAAUGCCUACUUAUCUCUGGACGUGGACAAUUUAGUGGUUUGAAAUCGAUAAGAACGCGUUGGGAGGAAGACGACGACUCACACGAAUCAACGUGAAACAGUUGUAGACUAACAGUGGGCGAGAACCAUGGAUUUCUACUAUUUGCCGGGAUCGGCUCCGUGUCGGGCAGUGCAGAUGACCGCGACUGCCGUUGGCGUCGAGCUAAACCCCAAGCUCGUGAAUCUGAUGAACGGCGAACAGCUGAAACCGGAGUUUCUCAAGCUAAAUCCUCAACACUGUCUACCAACGCUAGUAGAUGGGGACUUCGUCUUGUGGGAGUCACGUGCCAUCACCAUCUAUCUGGUGGAACAAUACGGUAAAGAUGACCAGCUAUACCCGAAGGAACCCCGUCGGCAAGCCGUGGUGAAUCAACGGCUGUUCUUCGAUGCCACUGUACUGUAUCCACGCUUUGCGGAGGUGUUCUAUCCAGGGAUGAGGCUACCGAAGGAGUUGGAGAAAUUGGACCAGGCGGUGGCGUUGCUGGACAAGUUUCUGGAUGGGAAAAAGUUCAUAGCAGGCGGGGAUAGUUUAACGGUGGCUGACAUAAGCAUCCUGGCUACCGUGACGACGUUCGACGUAGCAGGCUAUGACUUGGAAAAGUAUGGGAAUGUUCACGGUUGGUACAAGCAGGUCAGCGGCGUGAUUCCCGGAUGGAAAGAGAACAGAAGGGGAGCCUUACAAGCCAUUUUGUAUCGAGAUUUCUUCCAGGUUCAUUACCCAAAAUAUUUUGCUGGAGAGACGUCGAAUUUGAACGAGUUGGAAGCAAUGGAGCUUCUCAAGUUUCUGGAUCAAUUUUUAGAUGGAAUGAAGUUUUUGACAGGCGACGCAAUAUCCUACAUGGAUCAACAAGUGGUUCAAAUGAUUGAUAAAAUCCAGGCGCUAGAAGUUGACAUGACUCCGUAUUCGAACGUUUUGGAAUGGGCGUCACAAAUCAGAUCUCUUACAAAGAAGUAAAGUCCUUCCUAAUGCUGCAAACUUAAGAGAACUUGUUUCCUUCAGAAUGAAAUCUAGUUUAAAAUCACUGAACACCAAACAUAAAAACUGGAUUAUCGUUAAACCUGUUCACCAUCUAACCUCAGCCAUCGUCGUCAUCGUCAUCGUCAUGUGGAAGCUGCGGAAGGAAGAAAAUCCUCCGCGCUUCCGAAGGAAUUUUAUAACUUUUUACCUCUCCCUCCGUCACCCCAAGAGGGGCAACAUGGGCACUCGUCAUUGCAUCGCGCCGGCAAUGGCUAACUUUAUUAUUCCAUUAUUGCGCAACGUUUCAUGCCUCCUCGGUUCUCUCGCGGUUCUUUUUAUUUUAACAUUAUUCAUGACGGCAGGCAGGAGAACGAAUAGCCGAUCCAAGUAAGCCACCACCACCAUG